CACUUGUCAACAACCCACACCAAGAGUCGCACAUACAGACAGUUUUUGCCGUCUUCAUGGACUUUUUCUCAUCACGCUAGCCCGAGGGCAGCAACUUUAAUCUCCCAACGCCUCCCUGCCACAUGUCUACAACGCACAACAGGAUCCCGCAGGUAGCUAUAGCUGGAUACUUGCUCAUACAGCAUGGGGUCUCCACGGACCGCUAUUGUCAUCGGGGUGAUCGGUUGCGCUGUCUGUCUUGGACUAGGGGUAGGCAUUGGAUAUUUAACCUGGUCAGACCCCCGGCCGAAGAUGAUGACGCUAUCCCUAUUCCCAUCCCCGAUUAUCAAAAGAGUUGCAACUCCAAAUGUACUGAGGAGGCUAAUGUAGCAGCAUCAUGCUCCCCCGAACUCCCCCGUCAUUAUGUGGCUAAUCACCUGAACGGCCAAACCAUCACCGUCGACGGGGUACUCGACGAUGAUGCUUGGAAGGAGGUACCUUGGACGGAAAACUUUAUGGACAUCCGGGGUCCUCAAUUCCCAGCGCCCCCUGUUGAGACGAAGGUGAAACUCCGCUGGGACGACCAACUGCUGUAUGUCGGCGCCUACUUGCAGGAACCUCACAUCUGGGCAACAAUGACAGAAAAAGACUCGCGAAUAUAUCAAGAAAAUGCAUUUGAGGUGUUCUUUGAUGUUGAUAACAGUAUGAGUAUGUACAAAGAGAUAGAGAUAAACGCCCUGGGCACCACCUGGGAUCUCAUACUAUCACGGGCGUACAUGGACGGAGGGACUGGGGAGGACUGGGAGGGCAUCCAACAGAAGGGGGUGUACACGGAUGGGGCGGUGAACAACGCCACGGUUCCAGCUACAUUCUGGUCCAUCGAGAUGUCCUUCCCUUUCGCCAAUCUGAGUCAGAACACCAGCAGAUCAGACCGCCCCCCUGUGGACGGAGAAAUGUGGUUUAUGAUCCUUGCAAGGCCCAGAUAUGACGUGGAAGCGCUAACAAACGGGUCUUAUCAACAGAAACCCGGAACUGAAGCCUCUUGGUACUCAUGGAACCCGACGGGAGCCGUCAAUCUGCAUCUACCAAGCAAAUGGGGGCUCCUGUUCUUUGAGACUGACGCUCCGAGCGGACAGUCCAAGCCGGUGGUGGACAGCAAGCGAUGGGUCACGUACCAGGCACUGUUUGAUGUCUUCAAUGCCCUGAAGUCGUUCAAGGCGGAGAGAGGGACCUACGUCGACGUACUUACUGAACUUGACCUCCCUCUCUACGUCACCAGCAACACCUGUCUCACCACCGUCAACGUCACCCUCGCCGGCGACGGAUUCAGCGUUACCAUUGAAUCGAAGAAGGAGCCUGGGGUCAAAGGCCGUAUCAAUCAGAACAGAUAUGUGACGUUUUCCAGCGAUUGAAGAAGGUGUCUCCCGUCCAGCAUACUGAAUGAUAGCAAAAUAGUUCUUGAUUAUUCCGUCUUGGUAUGCUUCUCAAGAUAAAAUAACUUGUUAGUUGUCCUGAUGAUGUAGCUAGAAUUCGAUUAAAUAACAGGCCAAAACAUUGUUAAAGGAACAGUGUUGUCCGGCACAAAUGUCUUAGCAAGUUUAAAUCACGAUUUGUUUCCUGUACACUUUUAAAUGUUUCAACAUUUUUUAAAUUUCAUCCUUUUUCUAUCAUGCUAAUUACACAGAAGCAAUGUCUCCGUCUCGAAUCUUAUUAACAUCGUAUCUGAGUUAUCACUGCAGUUAGGGGCGGUGGGGUAGCCUAGUGGUUAAAGCGUUCGCUCGUCACGCGGAAGACCCAGGUUCGAUUCACCACAUGGGUGCAAUGUGUGAAGCCCAUUUCUGGGGUCCCCCGCCGUCAUAUUGCUGGAAUAUUCUUUAAAAGCGGCGUAAAAAUAAACUCACUCAAUCACUCUCACUGCAGCUACCAUCGAAUAACAAAAGAAACUACCAGCCCCGGGGAAUUGAUCAAGAUCAGUGUCCCUUUAAUCAUUUAGUGUAUAUGUAAAUUAAUUUGAUUUUACUGAGAUUGCCCCGUCUCAAAGUGGGCCCUUACUACAUGUUCAAGAUGGAUAAUCUAGAACUGACUAUAAGGAAUAUUUCCCUUGUAUUUAUUUUUUUCUUGAACAGUCUAUACAUAUAUAUUCUCAGCAAACAUUCCAAAUACGUCAAAGUUUUGUAGGUCUACAUUCAAAUAUGACGUGUAUUUUUUACAAUAUACUUAAUUUAAUACACAAAUUUGAAUGCAAUCAUGGAUUAUUAAGACAUCUCUAACGAUGGGUGUUGUUCAAUUCUGCCACGGUGUCUGUGUCAUGUGUGUCUGUCUGUGGCGUCAUGAACGUAUGACACAUCUACAUAUACAACAUGUCUCAACGUACGACCUUGUCUUAAUGAUAGCGAGUACAAUGACAAGAAACACUUAAUCACUUUUACAGCUUGACACUUUGUAAUGCGCCAUAACCGGUUGUUCUUGUCACUCAAGAACGUUAAUGUUGGUUGUGAACUCUGUAGAUAGGACACAUGUCUAGACUUGAGUUGGACUCCUUUUGUUUUGUUUAUCUUGGGUCUGGGAGACAGGCCUGAGGCGAGCGUGUCUACUAGCAUACAGCCAUGCUUCCUGAGUCUGGAGGACACGUUUGCCCGGGCAGUUGCAGAAACAUAUAUGCUUGAAUGUAUCUCUCACUAUAUUUGACAUAUGUGCGUAUUCCACCGUUAUGACUUUAUUUCUAUAUUCAUAAAUUAACCAAUGCGUGAUUCCCAAUCUACCUCCACUGUGCGCAGUGCCCGUACUUAAUUAAUUGAUGAUGAUGAUUUAACGAGCGCUUCCGGAGGACGGAUGUAAUACCGUUACAACUUGAUGUUAUCGUGGAGUUGUUUACUUUAAGAUUCUGGUUUGUUCAUAAUGUUUCUGACACUAAAUGCCAUUUUUAAACACAAUCGUUAAAUAUGAGUAUUGUGUUAAAUAUCAGGUUGUUAUGACUAGGCCUAAUGUGUGUCGAUCUGUGUUGGUUUGGCAUUCUUCUAUUUACAUAAAGGUCUUGUGUUUACAAUAUGCCUCUACUAAAUGUACCUUCCUGUACCAUAGUCUUCAUGAUAAUAACACCCACAGCUUUUUAGGUAAAAUCGUACCUGCUCUUUCAACGAAGAUUUCCUGCUACCAUGGUUACGACAUUUAAUGGUUUAAAAAUGUUGUACGGCAGACAUGUAUGUCCGGAGCAAUUACUAAAUUUGUUGAAGCAUAUUUCUGGUAUCCCCGGUCGUGAUAUUGCUGGAAUAUUGCUGAAAGCGGCGUAAAACUAAAACUCAGAACUCCUAAGUUUGACCUGUUGCAUAGUUUUCAUGGGGUUUUCAGAUGAACAAAAAUAUUGACUGACCUUUGCAUUUGCUUAAUAGGAUAGGUUACACCGGUGAGGCACUAAACUCUUAUUUUUUGCGACCACCUGGUAUCAUCACACUUUGAUAUUGGUUCAUAAACACAUGCUUAUGAUUCAAUAUUUUAAUCAUAAGUAGUACUUCGAUUGGACUUAUGCCGACUCCGAGAAGCCUCGCUCCUGGGUCAGGCGCCGGUUACUUUUCCCCGUCUCGUUUAUAGGAGCCGACCAUUUUGAAUGGGUAGAAAUGUUUUAUAACCAGAAAUAACUGUUUGCUGGACAUGAUGGGUGUGUGAAAAGUAUGUUUUGUAAAUCUGUCUCUUAAACUAUCUUCCUGCAAAAAAAUCCAAAAAACAUACACAAAAAAAAGAAAGAAAAUGAAAUGGUUGGCCCCUCAUAGAUUUCGCUAUGAUGCUUUUGCAAAUAAUAAUCAUCAAAUUUCAUUUUUGUUUACACAUUUGUAUACAGUUCAUAUAUAUUUUUCGAAUAAAUAUCAAAUGAUACGCUUUGUA